CUUUAAUCUCUGCUGUGACAAAUAACAGUCAGGAGGUGUUUUCUGAAGUCUCUGGAGGCUGGCCGUUUGACACUGACAGAAGAUUUACACAUGAACUGACAAGCUGACAUCACAUUCAUCUUCAGCUCUCUUGGCACCCACAGCAAAUGGAUGAAACUGUCUCUGUUACAUCAAAUUGUCUGCUUGCUGUUGCUUAAGGAAUAUUGACAUUCACUGUAUGAUUGAUAGUACGAGGAAGUUGAUUUGCAGGUUUUUCUGACUAAAGCAGUCGUUUACGUAGUUUUGGGCCAAAAAAUAUUACGAGGAAAAAAGUUUGGGGAAAAUCACUUUGUCAGACAUGAUCAUGAACAACACUGCAAAUCAAACUGGCCUGCCGGAGGGCUUCAGAAUUGCUCUUCUGGUCUUAUACAUAUUUAUCUUUCUUGCUGGGACUCUGAAUGUUGUACUGAUGUCCUGUAUGCUACAGUCUCAAAGACGCCUCUCCUUCACCAAAGUGUCUGUGAUCAACCUUAUAGCAGUGCACUCCUUUUUUCUUCUCACGCUGCCUUUUCGCAUUUACUAUUAUGCUGCUGAUAAAAACUGGAUUCUGGGCAUGUAUUUCUGCAAAAUUGUCAGUCUUAUGAUCCAUGCCCACAUGUACCUUGCAUUCAUCUUCUAUGCCUUACUUCUAAUUGUGCGUUAUGUGGAGCACUCGGAUCAGCGACACAAGCUAGAGUUUCAUCGCAUCCUUCACGCCACAAUUGCAAGCGCAACUGUCUGGUGCAUCAUAUUUGGCUCUAUGUUCCCAGCAACCAUUUCUAACUACGGAAUGACGCAGAAUGAUUCGACUCAGUGCUUUCAUUUCGGUCAGGCUCUCAUGCAGCCUAGUGUGAAGACAUUAAACUAUGUUAUUUGUACUCUAGUAAUGCUGGUUUGGAGUGUGCUAGCAUUUUUCCAGGUUUAUUUUCUACUCUAUGUGAGUAAGACAUUUGGAAAGGCCACAUGUCAGCGUCAGGAAUUCUGGGCACAACUGAAAAACGUUGUCUUCCUAUUGGUGAUGUUUUUUUGUUUUGUGCCCUAUCAAGGAUUCAGAUUAUAUUAUGUGAGUGAAUAUGGCAAGACUAAAGGAAUUCAUCAUAUAAAUGAAAUAUUUCUUGCUGUCACUGGUUUCAGCUGCUUUGAUAUGAUUGUUUUUGCUGGUAGAGAUGUAUGCAAACUUAUAAAUUCAAGGGCAUGGUUUCACUGUUUAUAGCGUCUAUGUUUUAUAUUGUUUUUGAUAUAGUGAAAAUUUUCCAUUUUGGUUUUCAAAUGUUUUUCCAUUUUUUUAAACUCAAAACAAUUGUUCUGUAUGACAGGAUGUUUGCAAAUAAGCCAAUAUUUUAUUGUCUAUAAUGAAAUUUGCAUUAAAUGAUUGACAGUAUCUACAUGGGAUGGAUUUAUAUGUAUACUGUAUAUGUAUGUAUGAUCAAAGAAAAUGUUUCCAAAUUUAUUAAGUGUAGACAUAACAUGCACAGAUAGUACAAAUAUGUUUCAAUUUGCUAGGAACAUUAUUUCAAAAUGCAUAUGUUUAUUUCUGCAAUGACUUUAUCUGUGUGCUUAUGAACUAUUUUUUAAUUAUUAUUUUGGUCUGGAAAUAAACUGUCAAACCACCACUGAUGCAGCCAAUUUAACGUCUGAUAAGGUGUGGGUGUGAGUUCCUCAUAACAGUACAUCAGUCACGUUUACCACAGACAUAUCACUGCUAACUGAAAGACCUUUUAAGGUGUUGCAAAAAAAAGCUAAGAAGAAAAAAACUGUGGAUAGGGUUUCUUCUGUUUAUACUCGCAUCUGUUUCUUCUGUUUAUACUAAUUUCUGCAAAUGGAGAAUUCCUUUUUGCAUUUGAGCACCCUCUAGAGGCGUCGAAACGCUUGCAUGAGUGUUAUUAUACAUUCUAAACUGGCUUUUAAAAAACUUGUGACAUAAUUACUUUAUUUCAGAACUGCUUCUUGCUAACAAUAGCCUGUUAGGUUAUGCACUUCUGAUAGGAUAAACACUUGUCGUGCGACUAAAAUUAUAUCUCUGCACUGGUACGUUGAACACUUGGUGAACCCAGAAGCCACUUCCAGUAAACUGCGACUAAUUAUAUACUCUACUGUAAUACCAUAAAAACAUCAUGUGGGACCAAUCAGCACCCGCCAUAAACUGCUAAACCAGUAACCCCAGUGAUAGGGUUUUUUGUUUAGGUUUACACCCAAGUGGUCAACGAAAAUAUUUUUUUCUUGUUUGAUCAUAAAAGCCUGUGCAACAUGACGUUAAUUAAUGUAAAAGAAACUGCAACAUGCCCAUUGCUUUAGAGAUUUUUUUUUU